GAAGAAAGUGUUAAUUAAAUAGUGAGAACAAAAAUGAUUAAAAAUAUGGAUAGUGGAGUUCAUCCAAGUAAAGGGAAAGUGAAGUACUAAAAAAUGGUGAUUGGUUUAGUAGAGAAUAAUGUGAUGAAUGGUGACAGCAAUGGCAGCUCCUAAGAAUCACCGGAUCUGCUGCACCUGACUCACCCAUUAUUUCCCUCUUCCUUUGUUCCCAUAACAGCAGCACCAGUUCUUGGUUGUGAAUUUUGAGAUGGGAGUUUCAUGGAGUAACAAUAACAGAAGAAGAAGAAGAAGCACCUACUUUCAUCCUCAUCCUCAUCCUCCACAUCUCCCACCACCUUACUAUUAUCCUCCGCCGCUUCUGCCACCACCAGCACCGCCUCCACAAGGUUACUUUAUCACCUCAUCCAACCCUUCUGCUUCUACCUCUGCCGCCACCGGCUAUGUGGGUCCUCCUGCUCAGUAUUACCCAAAUGUCUACACUGCCAAUUCUGUGAUGCUUCAUCAGCAGCCCUUGUAUGCAAAUGAGGGGGGAAACGAUAUUCAUCUUUCGCCGCCACCCUAUGUCGAUCAUCAAACCACUAAGAAGAUAAGGAACGAUGUCAAUUUGCAUAAACACACGCUACACCUCUGCAUAGAUCCUAACAAUCCAGAUCACCACUUGAUUUCCUUUGAUUUCGAUGCCCUCUUUGAUGGCAGCAUUACUAUCUUCUACUUAGCCAAAGAAGAAGAAAAUUGUAGGUUUAAUCCACUGUUUCCUGAUUUGUUUGAGCCAAUCACAUUCCCCUUUCAAAAAGGGGCUGGCCAGAAAUUUUGUCAGCCUUCAGGAACAGGCAUUGACCUAGGCUUUUUUGAGUUGGAUGAUCUUUCUCGACCCUCACCCGGAGAAGAUGUAUUUCCCCUUGUCAUAUGUGCUGAAACUAAUAGUAUUUCUGUACUGGAUGCAUCCCCUCACAUGCAAAUAACUCAAGCUGUCUUAGAAAAAAGCAACGGUGUUGGUCCUUUCCAAGUAAAAGUAGUUAGGCAGAUUCUGUGGAUUGAUGAUGUUCGUUAUGAGCUCAGAGAGUUAUAUGGAAUAGGAAGUUCAGCAACAGCAGAUUUUGAUGAUAAUGGAAAGGAGUGUGUAAUAUGCAUGACUGAACCCAAGGACACUGCUGUCUUGCCCUGCCGACAUAUGUGCAUGUGCAGUGAGUGUGCUAAAGCUUUGCGGUUUCAAUCAAAUAAGUGUCCUAUAUGCCGUCAACCUAUUGAGGAACUUAUAGAGAUCAAGAUAAACGUUGGCAAUCAAUGACACCUUUUUGCCUUAUGAGAAGAGCCGAACUGCACGGUAUUUUUUUUUUUCUUCUUAUUGUAAAUUGCAGUCAGCAACCUCUUUAUAGUUCUUAUGUAUUUUUUUUGUGCGAAAGUUCAUAUGUAAGAUGCUCAAAGAGAAAAAUAGAUCAUCUGUGGUUUUACUGCUUUUGAAUGUUACUCUGUGGUCAUAAAUAUUGUACAGAUGAUCAUUUUUCUUUUUAGAGUGAUAUUUUAAGGGAGGAUCA